AUGAUGUCGACAAAAUUGACCGUUCGCCGCAAAGUGGCCGCCGUCGAUGCCUCACUCGACGAGCUGGAACGCGAACUUCAGCCCCUUCUCUCCCAAUCGCUACCUGAAACUCUCCUUGGCCUCGAAACAAUCCAGCAAGCGAAAUUACAAACCCUUAUCCCAUAUCUUUUGUAUGAUCUAGUAUUCAUUUACCUGAAGACUAAAGGGAUCGAUCCUCGGACACACCCCGUUAUAUCAGAACUUGAACGCGUUAAACAAUAUUUUGAUAAGAUAGCGAAAGCAGAGAAACAGCCCGAAGGUCGGAUUGCACAGGCUAUUGACAAGGCCGCUGCGGGUCGAUUCAUCAAACAUGCUAUCGCUCAGGCCAAGUCGGUCGUCUCUUCAUCAUCCAAAGACGACCCAAUACCUCCCGCAGACUCGUCGAGUGCUCCACGUGUUGAGGUAAAGGUCACAUCGAAGAUGCGCGCUCGCGCGGAAUACGAGAAGGAUCUACAUGAGGGCCGCGAUGAAAGGGAAGAUGAGGAUGGGGGCCUGGAGGUGUUCGAUGAGGACACUGAGAUGGAAGUAGUAGGGGAUGGAGAAGAAACCCAGACGGCAUCGGAGACCGUUACAAACCCACCCUCAUCGAAGAGCACGGGAAAACAAAAAGCCAGAGACUCACCUGUGGAACCUCUAGCUGCAAAUAAACGCAGGCGCCCCGCAUUCGACCCAUUUACUGGUACGUACUUACUUGCUAUCACCGCAGAUGCCGUCGUCACCCAUCAAACACCAAACUUCUUCUUGAUUGACCAUACACGUCUACAUCCAGGUACUCGAAUGCACGAAGAGACGGAAUCAUCGCAACCCCAAUCGUCAGCGAAGAAAACGAAGAAGCGCAAAGCUGUUUUGGAAUCAGAUGGCACGCCUUUGGCUUCGACAUCCCCCACGCCUAAUGCUGAUGCAGCAAAGAACACGGUGCCGUCACAUACUGGCUCCACCGCCACAACGCCGCCUGAGGCAUCCGAAAACGCCUCCCGGAGUAAAACCCCCAAGAAGAAGAGGAAGAAAGCGAAGAAAGAAAGGAAUUCACAAAGGGAGUAA